GUAUCAACUCAACUUUUUAGAAGCACAUACGAAAAAUAUCUUCUAUUUAGGACCACUAUCACUUUUAUAGAAACGGGUUUUGGAAUCCUUUGAAGAUCAGCGGUCCCAAUAGGGAAGGUGCAUUCAAUAUCCGCUUUUUCCUUUCCCUUUGUGCCCCGCAAAACUUCCAGGAUACACUCUUUUUCCGUGCCAAUUUAAAUAUCGGGGAAUAUUCGAUCUGUUUUUCCACUAAUUUUUGAUGCUACGCAGGAGGAAACAGGAAAAUCGAAACCGAAUACAACAUGGUGACAUAUUCACAGGACUUAUUGGGUGACACUAAGUUGCAGAAGUUUGUUACGGACUUUUAUGCGGCUUCCGAUGUUGCUCCUCCGGGUAGCGGAAGGGAUCCAUAUUUGAAGUUUUUCGUGGAACCAGCUACUGUAGUGAUGGCUACAAAUGUGAACAAGGGAGUGGAAGGAAUAACCGCUAUGCGUCAAGCAAUGUGGAAGACCGUCACCCACAGACUCCAUGUGCCGUUAAAUGUAGCCUCCAUCAAUGCAACUGAAAAGCUCGUAAAUGGCACUGUUGAAUACACUUUAGUGGGUGGCAAGAAUGUAAAGGUAGAAUGGGCUGCUUAUAUCAAGCUUGCAGAAAGUGAUGAAUUGAAAAUGGAGUUCUAUCAGGUGUAUUUGGACCCAACUGCCGCAUCCAAACAGUAAUUUCUUGACAUACAGUGUUUAGUAAAAUAGAAUUCGCAAUUGUUGAA